CUGCUUUGCUCAUGUCCAGCGAUUCCACCGAACAACCUUCUCCUGCAAAAGUUGCUUCCAUGGCUGGUGACCAAGAAGGACAACCCAUUCCCACCGAAUCUACUCCUUCCAUGGCUGGCGUUAAAUCCUCUCAUCCCAAAGAGCUGCCAUCUGCUGGAUCUGCUUCAAUGGCCGGUUCCAAGGCCACUCAUUUCUUGAAAUCGCCUCCUACAUAUUUGGUUAAGCUCUUCCAAACCCAAAAUCUCCAAGAUGGCGUAAACCAAAUACUCCAACGCCAUAAGCCAUGCCAUUCAAAUCAGAUUUUUGUUCCUCAUAAGAAAUCCCAGAUUUUGGGUCCAUACUUUGUGUCUCACCCAUCAGCUCUUUUUGCCUCCAUUUACCCACAGCCAAAAGAACAUCCUCUCCCUUUUCAGGUAAAACCCGAUUGGAGUAAAUGGGUUGGACCUUUCGGAACUUGGCCAACUUGGAGGAAAUCAAAAUGGGUUGACUGGAUAAAUCACCUUGAACCUGCUUUUGGCCAAAUUUGGAAAGAUGAGAAGAGAUUUCAGCAUUAUUAACUUUGCCACCAGGUGUUGAAUACAACACAGAUUUGAAGCCCUCUUAUCCGACAAAAGUAAGCCUGUCGAUGCUCAAGAGCACAUUUCAUUUCUGCUUACUUUAAUUUGCAAAUAUAUGGUUUGUUCUGCU